AUGACGCCCUUGUCACCAACAAACGAAUCAAGACUGAACAUUGAGACGACCCUAACUGAAGAAGCAACGAGCCGCGGGUCCUUUGAGCACUACGAGGUCCACCACACCCGCUCUGAGACAACAACCGCGAGCGGCGGUAAUGAGAGCGGCAGCGACGGCUCCUCCUCCUCCUCCUCCACAACCACAACCACCACUACUGCCUCUUCGCUUUCCGUAGACGACAGCCGCAUCCGAGACCAGGAGAACAUGCCACCCUCCCCCCCCUCGGAUUCCUCGCCGUCGCCGCCGCCCUCUGCGCCCGCGACGGCAUUCAAGCCCCAGCGCCACUCUCGCGUCAUGUCUGGCACCGCACCCUCACCGCUCAAAAUACUUGCCGGCUCCGAGACAUCAGAAAAGCAGUCGCGAAGCCCGCUGCGCAAGACGGUCAUUUCCCCCGACAAGGUCAAGCGGUUCCCCGUCAGGGUUAGCAACCCAUCCGUCGACCCGCCCCGGACCGUCUCUCCCUCCCCCCCUCGUGAGCGCACUGUGAGCCUCGACGACGUGAUGCACGACAACGAGGGCCUCAAGCACGCGAUCCAGAUCUUCGAGGACGACGACACCGAGCUGGAGAACGAUGAGACCAUCGGCGACGCGAGCACAAUGACCACGGGCGAUGCCGAGCUGCACCACCAAGACAUGGCCGACGCCUACGAGGACCAGAGCAGCCUGGCCCACCCCGACGAGUCCAUGAUGAGCGCCUUCAGCACCUUCUCCGCCGUGCCCAACAUGACCAUGUUUGCGAAGCUUGGCCAGACCCCAACAAAGUAUUCGAGCAUGGGCGGCACAACGCCGCGGGGGAGGUCAGAGACCACGCACGACCAGGCUCCGCGGCAGCAUUCCGAUUCUGAGGGAAACACCACCAAUUUGUUGGAUUUCACCGCCAGCCAACGGUUCCCGCACAAAUCGCCGUCCCGGCGGGGCAACACGUCGCCCUCGAGAUCAAACCCUAACGCUACCCCCGCCCGCCAGAUGUCAAACCUGCUCGAUUUUGACAUCCCGCCUCUGCCCACCCCCCGCAGCAUCCCCACCAUUACACCCAGAGAGCUCGAGAGCCUCAAGUCGAAUUUCCUGUCAGAGAUCAGCAGCUUGAAGGCGUCGCUGAGCGGCAAGGAGGCCGAGGUCCUCUCCCUCAAGACGGCCGUUGGCGAUGCGGAAAAGCGGGUCGGCGAGAGCUUGGAGCAGGCCCGUGAAGAGCGGACUCUGCGAGAGCAGGUCGCUGAGGAGAAGGAGAUGUGGGAGAAAAGCAGCCGCGAGAUGGAGAAGGUCCUCCGCAGCGUCAAAGAGGAGAUCACCCACACUCAGCGCGAGCGCGAGGAGCUCGAGUCUAAGCUUGCCGAAUGCGAGGGACGACGCGAGGCCGCCGAGACUAUGGCUCAAGAGGCCGAGAGUAAGCUGGCUAGCUUCCGCGCCGGAAAGUCCGUCGACGACAAGCCCUCGUCCCCCAAGGGAGGCACGGCCGCGACUUCCAAGGAGGUCGAGAUCGCCGUCGAGCGUGUGGCCCGUGAGCUGCAUGCGCUCUACAAGGGCAAGCACGAGAGCAAGGUCGCCGCGCUCAAGAAGAGCUACGAGAACCGCUGGGAGAAGAAGGUGCACGAUCUGGAGGCCAAGAUCGAGGAGCUUGCCGACGAGAAUAAUAAGCUCCGCCGCGAUAGCACAUUGACCCGUGUCGACCCCGCGCAGGCCGCCGCCGAGCAGGAGUUCCGAGCCCAGGCCGUCCGCGACUCGGCCCACAUCAAGGAACUCAGCGCCGACGUCGAAAGGCUUGAGGCCGUCGUCAUGUCGGUCAAGAGAGACAACUCGGAGCUUCGCGACUUGCUCGCGCAGGAGCGCGUCGAGAAGGGCGAGCUGGUACAGCUCGCCGAGGAGAUGAUGUCGAUCCAGACGCUCGCGCCGCCGGAGCCGCCCAAGCCCGCACCGACCCCCGUUGCCGCGCGAACACCGGGACACCCAGCGAGGAGCUACACGGAGAGCAACUUGCGCAGUAGCAUCGGCCGCGGCUCGGGCCUGAAGGCGCCCGGGUCCAUCGCCGCGCGCGGGUCGGUACACGAGCGCACGGGCAGCAACGGGCCCGCGACCAAGGCCCUCCCGAGGCCCAGGCCGAUGAGCGAGUUCGGCCCACGGAGCGGCAUCAUGAGCUCGAUCGAGAAGAUGGGCAACUACCGUGGACGAGGAGAUUAG